AUGCCUUCAGUAAAAGAGUUAUACCCAGAUACAAUUGGCCGUCCCGGGGCAGAAAGUUCAUCAGUAGAUAGGUUAGGGAAAAAUAAACAGAAAUAUAAGAAAAAACAUUCAAUAUUUACUCCACCUUCUGGAAGAGACUCUACACUUGAUUUUUACAUUGAUGCUAUAACGCAUGAACUUCUUCAAAAGAACAGUAAGUACAGGUUUCGACCUAACCUAUCUACUGAUGAACUUUCUGCCCUGAAAAAUCUUCGAAAUGAUGAUAGUAUAAUCCUUAAGAAAUCUGACAAAGGCUCUGUUAUUGUGGUAAUGAACAGAACUGAUUAUAUUGCUGAAGUCAACAGACAGCUGAAUAAUACUGCUUACUACAAAAAACUUGAUCAUAACCCUGUUGAACAGUUUUCAAAAGAUGUUACUGAUGUUUUAGAUGUUAUUUGUAGGAAUGUUAAUGGUGAUUCUAAUGAUACUUUAGUUGUACCUAGUGAUGCCAGAACGCCACAGUUUUACAUCUUGCCCAAAAUUCAUAAAGAUAUUAACUCAGAACUACCACUUGGUUACCCGGGACGGCCAAUUGUAUCUGGGUAUAACUCUUUUACUGAAGGCAUAUCUGAAUACAUUGAUAAUAUCUUGAAGCCACACAUGGAAGCCCUGCCCUCAUAUGUUAAAGACUCUACUGACUUCAUUAAAAAGCUAGGGUCUAUGCCUAAUAUCUCCCCUAAUGCAUUUUUGGUUACUAUGGAUGUUUCAUCCUUAUACACUAAUAUUCCGCAUGAUGACGGGAUAGAGGCUUGCCGUACUGCUAUGGGUACACGUAUGGCUCCUACUUAUGCUUCACUUUUUAUGGGUAAACUGGAAAGCGAUUUCCUAGCUAAUACUACUGUUAAGCCAUCGCUUUGGUUACGUUUCCUCGAUGACAUUUUUUUUAAUAUGGGAACACAGUGA